AUGUUCAUCGAUAUCAAACACUUGGAGUAUGUUCUCGACAAGUCACCAUCAUUGAUCAAUCACACUCAACAACUUCAACUUGCUGUGAUGCUUGGUCAACAUGACAUUGUCCAACUCAUCUAUGGACUCAGGCAAUUUUACAAUCGUGAAUGGUUGUUUGAACUGACAAUGGCUGGCCGUCCAGAUUAUGACAUGUUCCAAUGGCUGAUGGAUCAUCACACUUCCAAAUCAACAACAUACUUUGAGCGGAUUGGUCAGAUUGGUGACACUAGGAUGGCAGACAUGGCCAUCGAGUAUGUUCAACGAUCAUCCAACGAGACCAAAUCAUUGGAUGAACGUGUAUCCUUAAUGUUUAAACAGGCAAUCAAAUUCAAUCAGACCCAACUCUCACUCACUUGUACUACAAUCAUCGAUGUUAUGAUCAACAAUGCACCAUCAUUGAUCCACCAUCACGAUCAACUGCUACUUGCCGUGACGCUCAAUCGAUUCGACAUGGUCGAGUACAUCCUCCAACACUAUCAACAUCGACAAUGGUUGUUCGAGAUGACAUUGUCUGGACGACCAAGGUAUGCGAUGAUCAAGUACCUCAUGGAGAAUCACAUAACAACCGACACACGGUACUGGGACAGGAUCGGAGCGAGUGGAGACAUUGACAUUGCAGAGAUGGCCAUUGAGUACGUCAGUCAUCCACAGUUGUUGGCUGCCGCGGUAUCAAUACAUGAAUGUGUCCAUCAGAUGAUGAGACGAGCGAUCAAAGAUAAUCAGACACAUCUCGUCAGGCACAUGAUGACCGAUCAUCCAACUUUGAUAUCACCAUUCAGCUGCCGUCAAUACGCCAUUGAGUGUGGCAACACGGAGCAGAUCGACAUCUUCCUUGAGAUGGUACCAGUGUCAAUUGACUUGAAUAUCUAUACUCAAAAGUCAAGCUCACUCUAUGAGAUUGAUACCAUGUACAUUAUAUUGAAGAAGGUACUCAUUGGCAAUAUGAAUGGCAUCGCUCUGUUGGAUUGUAUACUCAAACAUUUUGAUCAAAAGGACUUGGCUGGGAUCAAAUCAAUCAUUCUUCCAGUGUUCACAAUGGAUCUUGUCAAAGAAGAGGAUGAUGUGAUGUUGCAACACCUGUUGGAUAUUGGUGCAACAUUCCAAGUCAAUCACACAGUGACAUCAUGUGCCCAUUACAUGUCCAACACAAUCAUUCAAUCAAUAUUCAAACGAUACAAGGAGCAACAAGCAAUCAACAAGAAGAAGGCCAUAAGAGGCCUUCCAAAGAAGUAC